CGGGGCGCUCCGUGACGUGAGGCGGCGCGGGGCGGCGGCGCGGCGGCAGCGGGACGGAGCGGGCAGGGAAGUGCCGAGCCGGAGCGGGAGCCGCAGCCCCCUCGUUUCACCGCACCGCCGCCAUGGGCCGCACACUUACGACAUUUGCGUUCCGCCUCGCCGUCGUGGCGUGCUGCCUCUGCGGGCUGGCCGCGGAGCCAUCAACGACCGACGCUUCCACAGUUUCUCCUCCUACCAGUGUUAUUGCGCCCAAUGUCACUGUAACACCUACUUCCAAUGUCACUGUAACACCCACCAAUGCCACCACGGAGUCUUCCAAUGCGACCACAGCAUCUUCCAAUGCUACCACGGCGUCUUCCAAUGCUACCACGGCCAGUACUUCCACCACAGUUCAUACUCCUAUAGCCAAUGUCACCAAUGCAACUACCCACGCUCCUCUGCCUAAAACUACCGUGACUCCAGUCACCUCGACAGCCACUACUGCAGGUUCAAAUACUACUGUGGCUCCUGUACCUUUUCCACGCAAAUCUACGUUUGAUGCUGCAAGUUUCAUAGGUGGAAUUGUCCUUGUUCUGGGUCUGCAGGCUGUUCUUUUCUUUCUGUACAAAUUCUGCAGAUCUAAAGACCGAAAUUACCACACGCUUUAGGACCUGCCCCUUGGUAAUGGACUAGUAGCCCAACACCUGUAGUCACUGAACCAAAAUAUUUUCUGUUGCUUGUGGAAGACAGCAGUUCACAAUAUCCUUUAAAUCUCUAAAAGAAGACUUCAAAUGAAUAUUUUUGCAACAUUAUACUUGGCAAGAAGUGAUGUGAAUCUCUUCAGCAGGAUUACUUGCAAUAUGCUGCAUGGGUUCUAAUGGCUGUUUUAUUUUCCUUUAGUGGCUGCUGAUGUGGGACUUUUCUUGAUAAUGCCAAAUGUAGAAUGUUCAGAGAUUCUCAUUCAGUGGCAACACUGUCCAGUAGGCAAUCUUAAAUUUACUUUUUCUGAAGGCUAAUAUAAACAACAUCUGAUACAGUAUCCCUUCAGUUUUAUCAAGAUGUGAAUUAUUGGUGACUGAUUUCAGGGAGUGAAAUACCAUUUGUAGUAGUUUAUGGCUCUUACAGUGUAUUGCUAGAAAGAUGGGCAAAAAUGUAGAAUUAGAUAAUGUCUUAACAGAAUAGCAUAACCCUUUUUUUUUUUACACAAGAAUAAAAGUUGCCUCAUAAAAUACUUCAUUCCAAACAGAAUUCCUAUGCCAUUUCAAAUUAAUGUUGAGGGUGGAUGUAGGAAUAAUCCUUCUAAUGGGAAAGUAAGUAUUAGUGCCUUAAAAUACUAAAUUUUCAGUAGGCUGUAAGCAUGUCCCAGCUAUAUCAAAGAUAAAUAAUACUUUUAAGGAUUUACUUUACAUAGGAAUAUAGAAUACAUGUGACUUGAGCAUUCCAGUUUUAAAAAAAAUUAAUAACUGAGGGAAAAAUUUCCCUAAUAACUAAGGGACAGAAUAACUGUCCCUUAGUGAUUUUGUUUAGAGUGAGGAGUACGGUACAGCGAUGUUCAGCCACAAACCAAAGCUUUGCUUGUUUACCUUUUGUUCUGGCCUACAAAGACCAACCAUAAAAUUAGUGAUAUAAUUCAGUUCACUCCCUGUAUAAAAAGGCAACAGCUCACAUUUAUACUUGAAAUACUGAUGUUUGGGAAAUCCUGAUGUUUUUGUUAUUCAAACGGUUCUUAAACUUGUUGCAAAUAAUUUCAGGAGCUUGGGUUGUUGUUGUUUUUCUUUAUUGCCCUUCUCUACAUCUGCUUGCUGAGGGAGCAGUUAAGGGUCAUUCAGAGGAUCUGCUGGUUUGAUCCUAGUCAGGAUUGCUGUAAUCCUGGGACCGCAGGCUACACCUUUUUUCUGUCCCUUCUCCCCUUCCUGGCUUCAGGUUCCUGCCACCCUGCAGUGAACUGGUUAAAGAAAUUAUUCAGCCAAAUAGUUCAGGGUUUGUUUUGUUUUUUUUCCCUUGCCUGGAUGAGCCAUGUGAUCUGAGUAUCAAAGGUACGUCAUCUCCAACACAGACUGACUUGAGCACCUGUGAAAAUAAACCCACAGGAAAAAUGGAAGGAGAGAUAAAAUCAAGUGGUGGAGGUAGCACAUAAUACAUAGUUUCUGAUGAUAUCCCCUGAUCGUCAGUUUUGGGAUAAUCUGUAGUACUGUCUUACUAGCUCUGACUUGACUGGAAUUGGGCACCCAAUACAAAAAUUGCAUUGAUAACAGAUAAUAGUCACAGCAGUGGGACUUGAAUUAUGGAGCAAAUUAAGUGCAUUUCAGUUGGAAACUUGAGGUGUACAGUGUUGCUUUCUUGUGUUCUUCUAGUUUGAAUGGCAUUGUUUCUGUUGUGCUGCAUAGAAAACUCAAAUUGCUACAAAGUGCGGAGGUUACUCGCCAGUACUGUAUCUUUGAGUUCAUUAGCUUUUGGUUUUCUAAACAAAAAUAAGACAAUCAGCUCAGGUUUAUGAAAACAGCAGUGAGCAGCCAGUUUUCAGCAACAAUAUAUGUGUGAGUUAGAGGGUAUAUCCUUGGCCUUAUUGUGAAAUCACUUAAAUCUGUCCUUUCCCUAUCUAAGAACUAUUUUCCUACAUUUAUUUGUUUAAAAAAAUCCAUGGGCUUGUAUUCUGUGCUUUGAAGUGAACAAAAUACUCUUUUGAAAUAUGACAGUUUGCCUUCAGCUCAGCAAAGUAAACUAUACCUAGUAUACAACUUUUGGCCUCAAAGGGCUCUUUUAGGAAACUUGCAGAAAAGUCCUAGAGAACACUUCAUAGCAUGGAAAACAUUGCCACAAAAAAGUUGUUCUGUAAAAUGUUGCUGAAGUGCUUAUUCAUGAGCUUUGCUAAUCCUGAUUUAGGUUGAUGAUAAAGUAUGCUGGUAAAGCAAACUAAAAAUAAUGUUUAAAGUGCCUUAAAAUUGCUUACUUGUUUGCCUCAAAUGUUGUUUUGAAGGGUAGAAGGGAUACCUUGCCUUAGUUACUAAAUUUGUUGUGGUGCCAGCAAUUGCUAUGUUCCGAGACUUUAGGAAACCCAGGAUCACUGGCAUGUACAAAUGUCUAUCUGAAAAACUCAAGUUUGUGCUGUUUCAAUUUAGUCACGUUCUGGAAGGCCUGCACUAUACACCUCUUGCUUAUUAGCCUUGCCUGCAAGGUGUAAUUCCACAGUUCAGAGUUGUGGCUUGAAUUGUUUCCCUUUUGGUUGUUUGGGGGGAGGGGAGGCUGGGUUUUACAUCUUCACCCUGUGCUUGGCUGCCUCACUGUCGAAAGUAAUUACUCCUUUGUGAAAUGCAGUAUCAGCUGAUGUGUGCUGUGUACUAGCAAAAAACCUGAAGUAACAACUUGCAGUUUUUCUUGGCCUUGUGUUUUGAAGUUGAAGGUAGCUCAUAGAUCUGUAGCUGUACUUGCCCCUAAAUCAGUUUUAGGCACGGAAUUGUAGUGACUCUUCAAGUUAUCUGGCUUUUUCUUGAAGCCAACUUGUGCAAAUAUCAAGCUGUUACCUUAGGAAUGUUCUCUGCAAGUGUUGCUGUAAAAGUUUGUAUCAUCUUCAGUGGAAGAAAACUGAAGCAGUUGUAAUCGCAAAACCAAAUUGAUAAAUAAAAUCUGUUGAAUGGAA